AUGAAUGCGACUCCGGUGAUUCUGAACAAGGCUGCUAUGCGCAAAUACGAGGAUCUUGAGAUCCCCUGCGAAGCAGUGCUAUCCAGCUACGUAUGGAUCGAUGGAUCAGGCAUUAAUCUCCGUUCUAAGGACAGGACCUUCGAUUUUGUUCCGAAAACAGUUAAAGAUCUGCCAAUCUGGUACUUUGAUGGCAGCAACACGGCACAAGCUAAAGACGACAAUUCAGACACGUAUAUAUUUCCACAAGUGAUUUACCACGACCCUUUCAGACGCGGAAGCCAUAUUAUGGUGCUGGCUGAUACGUAUUCGUCUAACUACCAACCAACAACCACGAACUACCGCAAGGCCUGCUUAAUUCUGUGUGAGAAGGGUGAAGUUGAGGAGCCGUGGUUUGGUUUCAACCAGGAGUUCUUUCUCAUGACGACAGACGGUCGGCCUCUCGGCUGGCCGCCCGGCGGUUUUCCCGCCCCGCCCGGCCCCUACUACUGCGCCACAGGAGCGAACAAAAUCGUUGCAAGAGAUCUCAUGGAGGCUUUUUAUAGAUGCUGCCUUUAUGCAGGCAUACAAAUCAAUGGUAUAAAUCCGGGGACGACGCCAUCCCAGUGGAAUUUCCAGGUGGGGCCGAGUCCGGGAAUCAAGUCAGCCGAUGAUCUAUGGAUGGCCCGCUACUUGUUGGAGCGGUUAGCGGAGGAAUAUGGUUCCGUAGCUACCUUCGAACCACAACCCAUUCCUGACUGGCCAGGCAAUGGCGCCUUUGUCUACUUCUCUUCGAAAGACAUGAGAGAAGACGAUGGUAUACUUGUAAUUGAACGCGCUAUUGACAAGUUGGCUCGGCGACACGGGGCUCACAUUAACGAGUAUGAUGCUAACAAUGGAGCCGACAAUGUUCGCCGACUCACCGGCAAGAAUGGCCUGCCGCAUAUCAGAGACUUUACUGCAGGUGUGGCUAACAGGUGCUGUUCUGUGAGAAUACCUCGCCAUGUCUCCGAAGACAAGAAGGGAUAUUUGGAAGAUCGACGACCCGCCGCCAAUGCUGAUCCUUACAGAGUCAUUUCAAUUAUGCUUAGAACAUGUAUUUUUGACGAGUAACCUUCAUAUUUUG